AUGCUGACCUUACAAGUACAACAACACAGUAGCUUCAUCUCUCUUAACGACAAGCUCAGAAGUUUUGGCAAUGUCUUCAAGAGAAGUGGCGGCGGAUUAGUAGUCACUGUAAUGUCCAAAAAGAGAGACUUUCCGGAGAAUUCAAACGAGAAACGACCCGUUUUGCAAAUCAAAGUCCCCAACACAAUCCUCGCUCGAUCUGCGAUCGCUGUUCUUGGUUUAGGAUUCGUCGAUGCAGGGUAUAGUGGUGAUUGGUCAAGAAUAGGUGCCAUCUCCAAAGAAACAGAGGAAUUGUUGAAGAUUUCUGCUUUUCUUGUUGUUCCUCUCUGUAUCUUUCUCGCCUUAUCAUUUUCCAAUGAAUCAACUGAUUAG